AUGGCGCCCAAAGCGACCGCUAAGACGGCAAAGCCGGCAACCAAGCCUGCCUCCAAGGCCAAGAAGCCGCUUGCAAAUGGAGUCGCAAGCGCAAAAGCAAGCGCUGCCAAGCCAUCCAAGGCUGCGAGCACAGCCGACGACAGCGCCAAGCGUGGUCAGAAGAGGGCCAAAGAAGUCGAAGAGGAGGAGGACGAGCUUGAUGAGGAGCAGGACACCGCCGCACCGCUGCCCGACGUGAAGAAGCGCUCUGCCAAGGCACGUGCUGCCUCCACCGAGCCCAUUGGCGAUGUCGAAAUGGCCGACGGCACCGCUCGACCCACCAAGCGCACUCGCCGAGCGCCUACCCCUGCCGGCCCCAUCAACUCGGUGCCAAGGCCCAUUCAGCCUGUGCACGCCGAUGACAUCACACAGGGAGUCGCCGUCGAGGUCAGCACGGGCACCUCGUCCACCAGUGGCAAGGGUGCCGUGCUUCCACGCAAGCUCUUCGUCUGGGGAUCCGGCGAUGCAGGCCAGUUCGGUGUCGGCCCGCCCGAAGACGACAAGCCCAACAAACUCAACAAGCCCAAGCCCUUCGGCAACAAGGAGAUCUCGAUGCAGAUCGACGAUGGCGACCUGGGCGAGGGCGGCAUCCAAGUCAUUGUCGGCGGAGGUAUGCACUCGGUCAUGAUCGACGGCUUGGGCCGCAUCCUCACCUCCGGCGCAGAAGACUACGGCACGCUCGGACGCAAGCACCGCGGGGCAGCGGGCGACGCUGAAGAGUCGUACUUCAACUUUGCCCCCGUCGAGGGCAUCUCGCCCAGCGGUCGCGGCAUCAACCCCAUCGAUGGCAAGGAGGGCGCCGUCGAAAAGUACCGCGCCACACGCAUUGCUUCCGCCGACGCUGCCGGCGCAGCUCUGGAUGACCAAGGCCGUCUGCGCUCCUGGGGCUACUUCAAGGACGGAGAGGGCCGCGUCUGCUUCGCCGACACGGAUGCGCCGGGCUACAACCGCGAGCAGUGGUACCCUAUUGCACUGCCUGGCAUCGAGAACGAGCACUUUGCUGCUGUGGCGGCGGGCGAGAACCACUUCCUCGCGCUCACCCUGGUCGGAAAAGUAUACUCGUGGGGCACCAACACCUGCUAUCAGCUCGGACGCAGCUCGAAUCCGCGAAGGGUGUCGCAGAAGUUCAAGGGCGAGGCGCCCAAGGACUGCGACCUCACGCCCACGCCCAUCACGGGUCUUGCCGAGUGCAAGCGCAUCUUCUGUGGCCUCACCAACGGCUUUGCAGUGGAGAAGAGCGGCAAGGUCGUCGGCUGGGGUCUCAACACCAAGGGCCAGACAGGCACAGGGCUCAAGGCGGCCAAGGUCGCCACGCCACACGCCAUCGCUGCGCUGAGCCCCGUGCGUCACAACGGCGCCGAGGUGGUGCAGAUCGUUGGAGGCAACUUCCACACCGCCUUCCUGCUUUCAAAUGGCGAGGUGUACAUCUGCGGUGACAGCGACGAGGGCAAGCUCGGCCUGCCUGCGGAUCAUGCGGCUCUCAAGGGUGCCACCUCGUCCAACCCCGUGGUGGUGCGCGAGCCUACGCUGGUGCCGUUCCCAGCGCCGCCCUCGUGGGCUCCUGAGUCGUCCAAGACCAAGGAUGGAAAGACCAAGAUCGUGGCGCUGAGCGCCGGAAUGCGCUUCACUCUGGCCUUGGCAGCGGACGGCACUCUCUACUCGUGGGGUACCACUUCGGACGAUGCUCUCGGCCACCCAGCCGACGACGUCGGAGGUGACCAGAGCAAGGAUACGCCCACGGCCAUCGCAAUGCCUGGUCAGCCGGGCGCUUGGCGCAUCAUGGCCGCUUCCACCGCGGGGCAGCACUCGUUGGCGAUCGCGGUCAAGCCGCCUCAGGACGACUGA